UUCCACAAUCGCAUCCCUUAUUCCUCCCAAAAUGGAGGAAGUGGCCGUCGCAAAUGUAUUCACCCCCGAAAUCAAUUCAGUCAUAGAAGAGAAUGAUGCAAAAAAUACUAAGAUUGUUAUCAAAACGGCGUUAUCUGUGUUUAGUGAAUAUCUUAGGCGCCGGGAUGUGCGCUUGGAGGCGGUGGAAAGCUCCGAGUCUGCAGAACUGGACAGACUCCUUCGGGACUUCUAUGCUGAAGUCAGGAAGCCGAACGGAGACUAUUACGCUAAAAAGUCGCUGGUAACGCUCCGCUAUGGACUAUACAAGCAUUUCCUACGGCAUACAAAAAAGGACAUCAUCCGAGACCCAGCUUUCGGCCAGUCAAACUUAAUGUUUUCCGAAAUGAUGACCAAACUCAAAAAAGAAGGGAAAGCUGACGUGAAACACAAAGCACCAAUUACCAAAGAAGAUCUGCAAUUGCUCUAUCGCUCUAUGGACAUGGGCACCCCUGUGGGGCUUCAACAUAAAGUGUUCAUCGACAUCAUGUUGUACCUUUGCAUCCGAGGUAGAGAAAACCUCCGCGAGUUCCAACAGGACGAGUUUCAUAUUAAAAACGACUCCCACGGGGCUCGAUACGUGUGUUCCCGAAUCUUCCACUUCACAAAAAACUCCCGUGGGGCUACGGCAGAGAGACAGCCACGUAUGUACGAGAUUAAAGGGAGUCCCACGUGCCCAGUAAGCUCAUUCGAAAAAUACCUUGGCAAGCUUAAUCCAGCAAACCCCAGUUUCUGGCAGAAAGCAAAGCCGACCAUCCCGUCUGAAGGCAAACCGUGGUAUACUAAUCAAGCCAUUGGGAAAAAUGCCCUGGGAACCUUCAUGAGGACAAUAUCCGAACAUUACCAGCUACCUAGACUGUACACCAAUCACUGCCUAAGAGCCGCGUCGAUCACGACACUGGACAAGUACGGCCUGGGAGCACAGCACGUGCUAAUCUUCAACGAGCAGAGCGCCGAGAAGCAUCGAAUUGAGUGUUCCAGGCGCGCAGGCGCAAACCUGAAUAAACUCAUCGGCUUCGGACCUGUCCGCGAAGCCCCGCCCUCUCGCAUGUUUAUCUCUGCACCACCCACCAGUGACGUCAGAAGCAUCCUAGAGAAGGCUUCUUCGCGCAACUUCACCAACAUCGAAGUUAAGCAGAUCCCAUUGAUUGAGAGUAAUGUGGAAAUCAGUAAUGUGAAAUCACUAAACAAGGUUCUGUACGUCAGUCCCGUCAUUGUUAAACAGGAAGAAAUUGUUGUUAAGGAAGAGGCCAUGGAAGGCUAUGAGGAGUAUACAGGUAACACAAGUGUCCACCAGGGUAAUUGUCUGACUCGAGAUAUAGAGAUUGCUGAAGGACGAACACCUCAGGGUGAUGCUGAACUACCAUCUAAUGUGAGGAGCAGGCUUGCAGGUCCUUCCGUGUCUGCUAGAAUGGCCUCAGUAAAGCCCCUAGACAACUCAAAGCAAGUUAUGAAUUUCACCAUGAAAGAGACACAGCCUAGUGUCCAGCUGAAAAGAAUGUCUUCAACACAAAUCGAGUCGGAAUGCCCAGGGAAGAUUAAACCUGUAAAGAGUACUACAAUAUUAAAUUCCCAGACAGCCCUUCCAAACACCAUGACUGGAUUUCUUGCUACACAGCCAACUGCAGGACGAAGCCUGCCCCCUAAUGGGAUUGUGAAUAAGCUGAUAGGCUUGAAACCUUCUACUUUCAUGGCUCAGAAAAUGUCUAGCUGUCUCUCAAAUGUGCAUCCCUCAGUUUUGGCCCUUGUUGGACCUUCUUCUGUUAAUAUGAACUCCAGCCGGAAAGCUUGUAAUGCAGGCACUUUAACUGUCAACUCGUCACUGGCUCACAGGAUUGUUAGAAGCACUAUAAGAUCACACAAGGAGCCACAUAUAGUUGUCUUGCAAAAACCACAAACUUUGCAAAAUAAAGAUGCUGAGGAUCCAACUGGAACCUUCCAAAACAAUGUGCGGAUCCUCCUUUCGUUCUGGCAGACGAUUGGUAUGCUUGCAGCUAACACAUCCCCAGAUCUCAUCACACAAUUUUUGGACAUACUUUUGCAGCAGAAUGCAAACCGUUUAAGUCCCCAUGUGCAAAACCUGGUACAGGACCUGUGUGGUCAGCUGCAGCUUUCAACACCAUUGACUGACCUUGGCCUCCUAACUGAGGGGUUGAAAAGGCUGUGCAGAGAUGUAAAGCUGGAGUGAAGAGGUGUCUGAGAUUGUAAAACUGAGGUAAAUUGGAUAGCAUUACAUCUGUAUGAAGAUUAUGGUGGGAUUUGUACGUCAAAAGUACUAGGUGAUCAGGUAUGUAACGGUACAAGGAGUGGGCAGUUGGGAAUGGUGCCUCGCCUCAUGUCAGAGCAUGCUGCUCGUACUCAUGAAGAUGUACUAUCAGUUGAGAAGUGAGAAUUUCUCUCAUGAUCAAUUUGAUGAGAAAGCUCUUGAGUACUUCUUUUCGUAACCUGAGGGUUGCUGGUAUGUUUUCAUUUCCAGUACUAACAGCAGAACCUACAAAGUAAAUUGUUGCACUGAGACAAUGUGCUUUUCUGGUAAAUGUUGUCUUCCACACUUGUAGGUUACUGGAUUGAUUCUGAAUCUUUUGAUGUAGAAUACAGAUGGGUAGUUUUGUUAAGACUCAAUACUACCAGUGCAAACUGCACACAAAAUGUUGAAAACUGACAAUUAAAAACAUGUCCUUAUUGAGCUCAAACAAAGAGUACCCUGCAAAAUCAGUAUUUAUAUUUCAAAAUGCUUUUUGUGGUAUUUAAAAUGUGCUGUAUCUCAAUUUCAUUUUUUGUGGGUUUGUAAGUUGUUGUAACCCAAGUCUUCUGUUUAUUGUCAGAAUAAGCACAGUGUUGAGCAAUUGGUGUGUUAAUCCCCCAUCUAGGCUUUUAAUAUGUUUAAAAAGGUGAGCGCCUUUUGCUGUGGUCACAAAAGCUGUAUACUGGCAUUUGUGAAAACAAUUCUUUAGAAUUUUUCUAAUGCCGAGAGCACAGUUGAAGGGAGAAGUCAAGUGCUUAAUUUUUAUAUUGUGAUGAAUUGUUAGAAGUCUUUGAAUACGUUGGCUUUUCCAUGAUCGGUGAACUGAGAAGAUUUUCAUUAUGAAAAACAGAAUAUUCUUAGUUGACAAACAAUUUUUAAAAAUUCUGUCCAUCAAUUUUCUAACCUGCCUCUCCAGUUCAGGGUCACAGGGAUUAUUUAAUGCUGGAUGCAGAAUCAGCCUAUCACAGUUUGAGCCAGAGCAUGUGGGCUUUUAUUUAACAUUUUACAAGCUGCAGUGUUAUGAAGAGCAUAACCCUGUGCUGUUAGAGACACUUUAUGUGAUAGAAACUGUCCUUCUUAUCACUUUGUUGAGUCAAACUGAGUGGGCAGUUUAUAGCCGCUGCCUCUUUUGAUUUGUGGUUAAUGCCAGUUAACCAGGAUCGAUGCUUCACAUUCAUUAAUGCGCAUUUCUUUUGGGCCAAAGUUCAUGUGGUUAAAUUGUUGUAUCUGAAAGGUCUUAUUGUUGUUUGUAAACUGAAUAUGCCAUCACAGUUAAAUGUAAUUUUUACACUAAGCCCUGCACAUUGCAAUUGAAAGGUUCAUUUAAUUAAUUUAAUGGCUUUCUAUUUUAGAAAUGGUUCUGUUCUUUUUAUCAUUGCAAUACAUUUUUGCCUUAAGUGUAUUUAAUAAACUAUAUACAACUUGUAUUUAUCUAA